CGCAAGCGGGGCUAGGGGGGCUAGACGUAUCCUGCGCUACUCUCCCUUAGGGCAGAGCUGGGCCAUGGCGUCGUCGUCGUCGCCUAAAUCAGGCUGCUUUGCGGGCGAGUUGGCCGAGGUGGAGAUCGACUCCGACGGCUGUUUCAAGUACAUCCUGGUGCGAAUGCAGAGCGGAGGCAGCGGCCAAAGCGGUGGCCAAGGCGGCAGUCCAGCCCGCAUUGCCAGCCCAAGCCGCGGCUGCGGCAGUCCAAGCCGUGGCGGCGGCGGCAGCCCAAGCCGUGGCGGCGAGUGCAGAGACAUCGUGAGGGGAUCCGCGUCCGCCGAGUUGCACAAUCAGCUAUAUGAAAAGAUAUGUGCUGAAAUUGAAAAGAUGGGCUGUAUGUGCAAGUGUCUUGGAGGAGGAAAAAUUGAUCACAAUAGCAAGGACAAAAAAAUCCAUGUAUCUGGUAAUUCCCAAGCAUAUGGUAAAGCUGAUCAUUCCAUGACUGUGGCAAUACUGAAGAAAGCGUUUAAGGAUUAUGACAUUAGUUGUUCAGAUGACUAGUGAACCGUUGCUUUGCAGUCUAAAAUUUAAAGUCGGUUUGUUCUUGGUUCUUUUCAACAUAAUUCUAAGCUUCCACCAAAAUGUAUAAUAAAUGUAUUUAGCUUAAUGCUGAAUAAAAGCUUGACUGUGAA